AUGAAAAGUCGCUGGCGCUACACCCGGCUGCCCAGCCAGGUGGAAGACUCGCAGUGUGCAGAGGACAACGAGCAGGAGGAAGAGGACACCCACACAGAGCCCGUGCCUGAGCCUGGCCCGUCCCCAGCAGAGCCCUGGGAGCCCCAGUUGGCAGAAGCCAGCCAGGUUCUGGGGGCGGCUGAGAUCAGGCAGCUCUGCUGCCACCUGCCUCCCCGAGUCACCGGCCAUUCCUGGAGCCUGGGCUUCUGCACGUGGAGGGAUGGCUUCAGCCUGCGGAACCUGUACCGGCAGAUGGAGGGCCGGAGUGGGCCUGUGCUGCUGGCACUGAGGGAUGAGGACGGGCAGAUGUUUGGAGCCUUCUCUUCCUCAGGAUUUCGACUCAGCAAAAGCUUCUAUGGUACUGGCGAGAACUUCCUCUUCUCCUUCUCCCCUCAGCUAAAGGUCUUCAAGUGGACAGGAAACAACUCGUUCUUUGUAAAAGGAGACUCGGAUUCCCUCAUGAUGGGGAGUAGCAGUGGCCAGUUUGGGCUGUGGCUGGAUGGAGACUUGUACCGUGGGGGAAGCCACCCCUGUGCAACCUUCGACAAUGAGGUACUAGCCGGGCGGGAGCAGUUCUGCGUCCACGAGCUGGAGGCGUGGGUGCUGGGCUGA